CCUGACUGACAUACGAAUGACUAUUUUUGUUUGUGAAUGUGAAUGAACUGUCAUAUAAUUUUUAUUUUCAUAUCCAGGUUUUUCAAGUCAGAAAAAUUAGUCUUUAAUUAAUUUUAUCUAAAUGAAAUAAAUAGUAGACUCAAGGAUUACAAACAUGGCGUCCACUAGUGCGGAUUCACAGUCGACGAUAGCUCAAAAGACAUGGGUAAUGGCAAAUAAUAUUGAAACUGUUUCGAGCGUCGAUGAUAUUUACCGCUAUGAUAAAAAACAACAACAAGACAUCCUCACGGCAAAACCAUGGGAGAAAGAUCCACAUUUUUUUAAGGAUAUUAAAAUUUCUGCAUUAGCUUUACUAAAAAUGGUAAUGCACGCUCGUUCCGGAGGUACUCUUGAAGUUAUGGGACUUUUGCUGGGGAAAGUAGAUGCAAAUACUAUGAUUGUAAUGGAUUCCUUUGCCUUGCCUGUAGAAGGGACAGAAACACGGGUGAAUGCACAAGCACAAGCUUAUGAAUAUAUGACAGCUUACAUAGAAGCAGCAAAACAGGUUGGUCGACAUGAGAAUGCAAUUGGUUGGUAUCACAGCCAUCCCGGUUAUGGGUGCUGGCUCUCUGGAAUUGAUGUCUCCACACAAAUGCUUAACCAGAACUUUCAGGAGCCAUUUGUAGCUAUUGUCAUUGAUCCUGUUAGGACUAUCUCCGCUGGAAAAGUGUGUUUGGGCGCUUUUAGAACAUACCCUAAAGGUUACAAACCAGCUAAUGAGGAACCCUCAGAAUAUCAAACUAUACCUUUAAACAAAAUUGAAGAUUUUGGUGUCCAUUGCAAACAAUACUAUUCUCUUGAAGUGUCCUAUUUUAAAUCAUCGUUAGAUAGGAGGUUAUUGGAUUCUCUAUGGAACAAAUACUGGGUGAACACUUUGAGCAGUUCUAGUCUUAUUACAAAUGCCGAUUACACAACAGGGCAGAUUUUUGAUCUCUCCGAUAAAUUGGAGCAGAGUGAAGUCUCAUUGGGUCGUGGCUGUUUCAUAGUUGCUGGUGCUGAUCCUCAUGAGAAACGUACAGAAGACAAACUAGGAAAAGCUACAAAGGAUGCCUGCAAAACAACUAUAGAAGUGAUCCAUGGCUUAAUGGCACAAAUGAUCAAGGAUCGCUUAUUUAACAGCGUCAGUGGCCGACCAGCGCCUGCCACACCUAUGAUUGAGUAAUUAAACUAUUUUUCAUUUUGUUAAGAAAUUGAGAAUUUCAUAUAAACAUGUAAGCUAAUAAAUAUAAUGGUAACUCAUUUAAAA